CCUCGCUGUACCCGCAUCACUACCAUCACCCUCACAUGGCUACUUCAUUACCACCACCCCCACCUUCAGAGAGAGUGCAACGCUUGCGCUCUCUCCCCACCAUCAGGGAGCAAUGCUACAAGGUAUUCAACAUCGUAGAGCAGCAGGGCAAGGGAGAUUACUUUGACUAUCACCCCGAAAACAUGGAAAAGGUCGUAGACUACUGUCUCAAGAUUAUUCAGCGCGACUAUGGCACCAACUACACCUCGAUCCCACCACACGGUCGCGAGCGUCACUUUGAAGUCAAUGGCGUACCCCGUAUCCCUCGUCUACUUCAAACUUGGCACUCAACCGGCACUUGCUCUUCUCUCGAGGCCACUCGGCGCCUAGUGGACCUAUACGUCGUUUCCGUGUUGCUGGACGCAGGUGCAGGAUCAAAGUGGGCCUACCUCGAGGCAAAGACGGGUCAGAAGGUGGGGAGAUCAGAAGGAUUAGCUGUGGCCAGUCUGGACAUGUUCACAGCUGGACUCUUUGCUGAUGCUCCGGAAGAAGGGGAUAGUGAUGAGAAGCAGAUAGCGGGCAGUGGUAAUGGAGCCCAUACGGUGCAGGCGGCAGGACUGCAGAGGCUAAGCCCCGACUCGCUUGCAAUGGCUAUGCAGGUUCACCCUGAUGAUAAUCCCAUGGAUGGACUGGAGGGAAGGGCGGCGCUGCUCACACGACUGGGUGCAGCACUGGAGGAGGACCGGUAUGGCUACUUCAGUGGACCAGAGGGGGAGAAGAUUGAGCCAAAGGCCAAGCGUCCUGGGUUCAUGCUUGACUACCUCCUCCGUCACCCCGCAACAAAGCCAGCCGAAGGCGGCAAGACGUCCGUAUCCCUCCCCGCACUCUGGGAGGUAGUGAUCCAAGGUCUCGCCUCCAUCUGGCCCGCCUCGCGCACCUCCCUCGACGGAGUACCCCUAGGGGACGUCUGGCCUUGCUCCGUCCUCUCCUCCUCUGCGAGCGCUGCCACCACUACCGAUCUCGACGCAUCCGACGUCCCUUCCCUAGUCCCCUUUCACAAGCUAAGCCAAUGGUUGACCUACUCUCUCAUGGAACCAAUGGAGAAGAUUCUCGGUUGGACAUUUACAGAUGCAGAGCACAUGACUGGCCUGCCAGAAUACCGCAAUGGUGGGCUAUUUGUCGAUUUGGGAGUCCUUGUACCACGAAAGAGCCUCUUGGACGCUUCCAUCAGCAGCCUCAGCAGCAGCAGCCUGAGCAGUGGCGAAGCAAGUGCUACGACGAUCCCCCGUCUCCUCCCUUCGCAUCCAGCCGUCGUCGAAUGGCGAGCCCUAACCGUCGUCUUACUCGAUCGAACCGCCAGCGCAAUUCGAUCUGCUGCUGGGAAUCUCAAAGAGGAAGAGCUGGGAUUGAAGCAGGUAUUGGAGAGUGCAACUUGGAAAGGUGGAAGGGAGAUUGCGGCUCAGCUUAGAGGUGCGAUGGGUGGUGGACCACCCAUUGCCAUUGAGAGUGAUGGGACAGUCUUCUGAUUCCUCAUCCUGGUCCUGAUCUCGAUCCUGAUCUCGAUCCUGAUCUUGAUCUUGAUCUUGGUGGAAGGAAAAGUGAGAUGCAGCACUUGUCGACAAUUCAGGUGAUUGCAAAAAGGGGGAUUUCAAAAAAGGGGCAUAGCCACAGCACAGCACAGCACAACUCAAGAAAGUAUUGGAAAAGUAUUCACUAUUGUGACGUGACAAUCAAUCAAUCAAUCAACCAAAAGGAAUUCAAUCGAAAUAAACAAAGCAAUUGAAAAUAGAUUACAAGUGGAACUCAUCACGCGAGGUGGGAUGGAUGGGUAGGGGGGUAUCUCUCCAUCUCUCCACCUCUUUCUUUCAUGAGCCUGAGCCGAAUGCAGUGCGGUGCGGUGCGGUUCAGACUGUAGCUCG